CAUAGUUUCAGAAAGUUAAUUCAUUUCCAUGGUGCCACAUACUAGUCACCAUUUCUAGGCAGAAUCUAGUGCUGGUCUUAAAAGUUUUAUGCAUAUUUCUGCCAGCACAUCUGUUUAUUUCAUAUUUAGCUUUCUGAUCUCAUAUUGUGAGUUAAAAUUACUCUUAAUAGCCACUGAGAAGAUGGGUUUCGAAUACCUAAACCCAAUAGAUGCUUCUUUUUUUUUUUUUUUAUUAAAUUUAUUUCUUGCCUUCAUUUAGUUUCAUUCCACAGAAGCUAUAGCUUGUCGCUGUGAAUAAUUAUGUAAUACCAUUGAAGCAAUCUGAACUAUAUUACAACGCAGUUCUUAGAUCAAAGUUCACCGCAAAACUUUCAUGCUCAUCUUCUGGGCAGAGAUGAACUUAAUAAGUAAAUCAUGAAGAGCAACAUAUCUAGACACAGAAAAAUGCGUUAAACAUAAAACCUUUAUUGACCAGCAUCAUUGUUCAGGAUAGAUUUGUUAUUGACCUAAUUUAUUUAAUAAGUAAAUGGGAAUGGUGCCAUUUCGUGAGAAAAUAUUAACACGUAGCUCUGUUGGUAAUACAUGAUACAAUAUCUACGCACCUCGGCAAGGUCUAUGCUGUGUGAGGGUCUUUCAAGACUACCCCCAAGUCCUAUUCCGAAGAUGAAGGAAAGCAACAACAACAACUCUUCUGGUGAAUCAGGUAGCGAGCGAGCCCAUAGUCCUGAUACAGAACAUACCCAGCAAGGAUCGAGAACAGAAGCAGGAAGAUCAUAUUCAUCGUCCUCAGACCAGAGGCGAUCGAACCAUGAGAAUUCCCGCGAUGACCACAAGAAAGAGAGAUUAGACCGAUCCAAAUACUGUGAUGACCGUCAUUCUCGGACCAGCGAUGACAAAACUCGGAGAUCUUCACACGAUGACAGGAGAAGGGACAGCGACCCCAGAGACGGAAAGGAUGUUAGGAAAUCCAGAGAAGAAGAAAGAAGAUGUAGAGAAGAGGAUAGACGGAAGGAAAGGUCUACUUCUCGGUCAAACAAAGAAGAUAAAAGUGAUGACAAGGAGAAGAGUGACAAAGAUCAUCACCAUCGCGACGAAAGGCGAGAUCGAGACAGACGCAGACAUCGUGACAGAGAUCGUCGGCAUCCCAGGGAAGACAGAGGAAAAGAUAGACACAGGGAAGAACGUCCGACCUAUCACAAAGAGAAAGAAAGAGUAAGGUCGCGAUCUAGAUCCCAACCCAGAGACCAUCCGCCACCGCCAUUCAGGGCAAUGAGUUAUCGAGAAGAGAAAAGCCGAAAUAAAUUAGCUCAGUUGGAAAAACUGGGAAUUGAAUUAAAGGCUCCAGAGGGAGAUAACACCGCAGCUAAUGUUCAAACUGAACAGAACUUUUACAAUCCACUCGCUACAGCCACUCAAGGAAAAUACGCAGAGCAAAUUCAAAAACGGAAGCUUUUGUGGGCAAAUAAGUCUAAACCAGAGGAAGGUAAAUCAACCAGCUCAGCAGCUGGAACAGCAAAUACAUGGGUUGGCACAACAUUCACGCAUGAUCAAGAUGGUAAAGUAACAGCAAAGUUCAAGAGAUUGAUGGGGAUCAAAGGAGAUUUGCCCGUGUCUGUACCUGCUGCUGGAGCAAAGCCAGAAAUCUUGAAAAAACAAGAGGAAAUGUUCAGCAACAUGGAACAACAGUACGAAGUUGCACGGGCAACUACACACACUCAACGUGGAGUCGGAUUCGGCUAUGCUACAGGAGGGUAUCAGUUUCCACGAUAAGAGUUGAGACCAUCUAAACACUUUACUUAAGACUAAUGAAUUAUUUCUACGGACAACGGUUACCCGUUAGUAUUGAUUACAGUAGCCUAACAAGUCGUUAAUAGUUUAAAAACUGGUAAGUUGGAUUAUUCAAGCGACCUAACUCACAACAGAUCAUUAAUAUAUAGGUAUGCUCUGCAUUAGUCGUAAGACUUUCUCAAAUCUUUCGGCACUUAUGGGGAUAGAAAAACUUGUUAAUUAUCCUUAGUGUCACAUUGACACAUGUUAUUGAUUUAUUUGUCUUUUAGACCAGGGUAACUCGUUGUCAGAUUCCGAAUGAGUCUUACGACUAUAAUUUAGUGUACCUGCUGUUACCAAAAUUAGAACACGUCAUACGAUAUUAAAAUUGUAGCGAAAAUGUGACACCGCGUAAGAGUUGAAACAACUAUGUACUUGUACUGUAAAAAUAAAUUUAAUACAUACCCAAUAACAAUAUUCAGAAUA